AAUGCAUAUAAACGAGUGAAUUUGAAUGUCGGAACGCUCAGAGCCUCAGUGCGGAGCUAAUCAGUCAAAGAUGCGCGCUUCGGAGCAAAGAGUUGCAUUGAGCUUGUGGCUGCUGCUGCUGCUUGCAACGUGCAGCGGCGGCGUUGCCGCCCAGCAAAGCAAUGGCGUGGGCGUGGCACUUAUCGAGGCAGCACGCGCAGCGCUGUUAAGCGAAGCAGCAGCGCUAAGCAACAGCAGUGAUUGGCCGGCGAGCUAUGAGCCUGGACAGCUGAGCGAGUCAUAUGACUACAUCGUCGUGGGCGGCGGCAGCGCGGGCAGCAUUGUGGCCAGCCGGCUGAGCGAGCAGCGCAAUGUGAGCGUGCUGCUGCUGGAGGCGGGCGCGCAGCCGCCGCUGGAGUCGGAUAUCUAUGCGUUGAGUGGCUCACUGCAUCACGACGAGCGCUACAUGUGGCUGGAUGAGGCGCAGCCGAAUGGCAACUGCUGCUUGGCCCGGCGCGCAGGCAGCGGCUGCAAUUGGUGGCAUGCGCGCAUGUUGGGCGGCGGCGGCAGCUUGAACGGCAACAUUUAUGUGCCCGGCAGCGCAGCAAACUUUCGACGCUGGCGCUGGCAGCUGCAACUCAAGGGCUGGGACUGGCCGCAGGUGCAAGUCGCUUACCGGCGACUGCAGCAGCAGCUGCAGCUGAACUUUCUGCCGCUGCAGCCGCUCGAAGCGCAGCUGGCCAAACUUAUUUAUGCCGCCGCGCGUGAGCUGCAGCUGCCACGCCCCCGUCAGCCGCUGCUCAUGGGCAGCGACUUUGGCUAUACGCACGAUGUGCCGGCAACUGUGCAGCAGGGCAGACGCCGCAGCAGCGCGCGGCAGUAUCUGGCGCAGCCGCAAGUGCGCGCGCGCUCCAAUCUGCGCGUGCUGCUGGCAGCGCAGGCGCAGCGUUUGCUCUUCAAGCGGCAGCGCGCCGCCGGCGUGCAAUACACUUUGGGCAAUCGCACGCUGCGUGCGCUGGCCAAACGCGAGCUGGUGCUAAGCGCCGGCGCGCUCAACUCCGCCAAGCUGCUGCUGCUCUCCGGCAUUGGUCCAGCUGCCGAGCUGCGCGCGCUGGGCAUACAGCCGCUGCGGGAUUUGCCAGUGGGACGCAAUCUGCAUGAUCAUGGCAUGUUGCCGCUGUUCCUGCGCUUUGGCAACGACUGCGGCCUGAAUGCGAGCAGCAGUCGCAGCGCCUAUGCGCCCGCCUCCGUUGCCGAGUAUUUGUUGCAGCAGCAGCGUGGACCGCUGGCUGCUGGCUUCUCCAUGAUGGGCUUCAUCAACUCGAGUGCGCCGCAUAGCCGCGACGGUCAGCCCGACUUGCAUAUUGUGGCGCACACGUUUAUGCCACGCGGCAGCGCCGGCAGCUUUGAGUAUCUCGGACUGCGUCCCGAGCUGGUGACAGCUCAGCGCGCUGCUUUGGCUCAGGCGCCAAUGCUGCAGCUGAUGGGCUCGCUGCUGCUGCCAAAGUCACGCAGCAAGCUGCAGCUGCGCAGCGCCGAUCCGCAGCAGCCGCCGUUGAUCAGCAGCGCCUAUGCUGCCGAUCCCGCUGAUCGUGCCACGCUGCUGCGCUUCAUACGCUACGUGCAACUUAUGCUGACCACGCCCGCGUUCCAGCGCUGCGGUCUGCAGCUUUGGCUGCCACCGCUGCCCGCCUGCGACGCUCUCACCCCCGACUCGGAUGACUAUUGGCUCUGCCACAUACGCCACAUGUUUCUGGGCGCUUGGCAUGCCGUCGGCAGCUGUCGCAUGGCCACACGCAAUGAUCCGCGUGGCGUCGUCGACGAGCGGCUGCGUGUGUUUGGCGUUCAAGGACUGCGCGUUGUGGACGCCAGCAUUAUGCCCGAGAUUACAGCGGGCAACACCAAUGCGCCCGCGAUGAUGAUUGCCGAGCAGGGAGCGCGCAUGAUACGCGAGGAUUACAACAGAGCAGCAGCAGCAGCGACGCUAGCAGAGACAACUGAGCAGCCCAACGAUAUUCCCCUCUAUGACUAAUGCGCCAGUUCAAUUGUAUACCUGACCCAGUUAAGUCCAAAUGCUUUGCAGCCUCCAACACUUUUUUUUUUAUUA